GUGCUGCAUUCGAACUUCAGAUCGGUCUAAAAAAAAUGUUUGUCGCGCUUCUAAUAGGUUUGGUGGCAGUGCUAUUAGGCUGGGACUAUCUGUACAAAAGGCGUCAUAAUGAGAUUUUUAAAAGUAACGGUCUUAAAUCCGUUUCGAGUCUACCAAUAAUAGGUUCAGCACAUCAUCUCAUCAAUGUGUCGGCAGCCGAAACACUUACAUUUAACGGCGAUAUCCUCAAGAAGUAUGGAAAAACAUGCAAUGCAUGGAUUCUAAAUCAAGCAACGGUUUUAACGGCUGAUCCCGAGCUUCUAGAGCCACUGCUCAGUAGUCAAAAAGUGCUGACGAAGAAUAAUCUCUACUCACUUUUGGGCAGCUGGCUGGGAGACGGUUUGCUGCUAAGUACAGGACCUAAAUGGCAUAGCCGUAGAAAAAUUAUUACGCCUACAUUUCAUUUUAAAAUCCUCGAAGGAUUCGUAGAGAUCUUCGAUCAGCAAAGUACAAUUAUGAUGGAUAUGCUGAAGGAGAAGGCAGACGGUCGGGGAGUAGUGAAUAUUUAUCCAUACAUAUGUGCCAUGACGCUGGAUGUGAUAACUGAAACUGCCAUGGGCGUGAAAGUCAACGCACAACUGCAACCGAAUCUGCCGUAUGUCAAGGCUGUGCGCGCCGUUUCCGCCAUAACAGCCGAGCGUUUUAUGUCAUCUUUGCAGCGUUUCGAUUUUUGGCUGCGCCUAACUGCUCCUUCGUGCUUUAAGCAACUCCAAACCAGCAUUGAGCUUAUGCACGAUUUCACCGGUAGUGUCAUCGAACAACGUCGCGCGCAAUUGGAGCAAACUAGGCGAUCCCCUCAAACACAACCCAUCGACGAACAGAACGAUGUUGGCGCCAAAAAUCGUACCGCUUUCUUGGAUAUGUUGCUGCUAGCGGAAAUCUCCGGACGGCCGCUUACCAAUGCCGAUAUACGCGAAGAAGUGGAUACAUUCAUGUUCGAGGGGCAUGACACCACCACUAGCGGCAUCUCUUUCACUUGUUACCUACUCUCGCGUCAUCCGGCUGUACAGCAGAAAGUUUUCGAGGAGUUACGGGCCGUAAUAGGUGAUGAUAAGCGGCAGGCGGUGUCACUGCGAGAUCUGCAGGAACUUAAGUACCUGGAAUGUGUUAUUAAGGAAUCGAUGCGACUGUAUCCGCCAGUGCCCAUAAUUGGGCGUUACACUGAGGAGGAUGUUUAUUUAGGUGAGAAACUCACUUGGAAUUUGCAAUCUGAAAGUCUUUUGUCUACUUUAUUUUCAGAUGGUAAACUCUUUCCCGCCAAAACGAAUUUGAUGAUGUUCCUCUAUCACGCCUUACGUGAUCCGGAUUACUUUGAAGAACCUGAGAAAUUUAUACCCGAACGUUUUAGCAUCGAUGACAAGCAAAAAAUAAGCCCAUUCGCCUAUGUGCCCUUCAGCGCCGGUCCGCGCAAUUGCGUGGGUCAAAAGUUUGCCAUGCUCGAGAUGAAGAGCACGAUUUGUAAACUUUUACGGUAUUACGAACUACUCCCGUUGGGGGAGGAGGAACGCCAUAUUAUGAAUUUAGUGAUGGUUUCAACUACUGGUAUAAAUAUGGGUUUAAGGCCUCGAGUAUAUGCUUAACGUCGCAGGUUAGUUGAAACUGGUUCCUUCCACUGAUGCGUUGUAGUUGUAGGUACUCCAUGAUAUAAAAUUUUAUAUUUGUUAUAUGAAAUAGUUAAAAAAUAAUGCCAACAGU